AUGGCUACGGUGAGAAAAAGUAAGGGACGGCAGAAGGUUGAGAUGACCAAAAUGACGAAAGAAAGCAACCUACAGGUUACCUUCUCCAAACGCCGGUCUGGCCUUUUCAAGAAGGCAAGCGAGUUGUGCACACUUUGUGGUGCAGAAACAGCCAUAAUAGUCUUCUCUCCUGGCAAAAAGUUGUAUUCCUUUGGCCAUCCAUGCGUCGAAUCAAUCAUAGAUCGGUUCCUUAUGCGCAACCCUUUGCCCAACUCUGGUGCACUGCAACUCUUUGAGGCUCACCGUACUACAAAUGUUCGCAACCUUAAUGUGCAGCUCACUCAAGUGGUGAACCAACUAGAGGGUGAGAAAAAGCGAGGUGAAGCACUUACACAGAUGUGGAAGGCAUGCAAGCCACAGUGCUGGUGGGCAGCUCCAAUUGAAGAGUUCAGCUUGGAGCAGCUUGAGCUUCUGAAGGUAUCAUUGGAAGAUCUAAGAAGGAAAGUGGCAAGACAAGCUGAUGAACUUAUGAUAGAGGCAAAAAAUCCUCCUGCCUUUUUCCCAGGGAAUUCUGUUGGAACGAUUAUGCCCUAUGAUGCACAGAUGGCUGGAUUCGACCCUUAUAGUCAUAAAUAUAACUUUGGUUAUGGGGGUCCUUUUCUUUGA